ACCAUUCGAAACUGACAUACCAGCAUUUAUUGUUUUUUAUUGCCUCUCUGAGGUUGCUUUUGAAAGAGACACCAAGUGACACAUGUUUAAGAAGGGUUUAAAAGUUUGACGUGGUUGGAGUAGGAAUUACUUAUCUAGCGAGGAGUGGAGGAUUGAUGCUUCUGUGCAUUUCUGUGAUCAUUUGAGCCUCAAACCCAGCAAUGAAUAAUUCAACAGGCUGUUUGGCCACUGCAACAGUUUGUGAUGGUGCAUCCUGUGUGGUACCUGCCAGCAAUUUCAAUAACAUUUUAAGUGUGAUCCUGAGUACCGUCUUGACCAUCUUACUGGCUAUGGUAAUGUUCUCCAUGGGAUGCAAUGUGGAAGUCAAGAAAUUCCUGGAGCACAUAAAGCGGCCGUGGGGCAUAUGUAUUGGCUUCCUCUGUCAGUUUGGAAUCAUGCCCCUCGUGGGAUUCAUCUUGUCAGUGGCCUUUGACAUCCUGCCCAUCCAGGCUGUAGUGGUGCUGAUCAUGGGAUGCUGUCCCGGAGGAACUGCCUCCAAUAUUUUGGCCUAUUGGGUCGAUGGCGACAUGGACCUAAGCAUCAGCAUGACCACAUGCUCCACGCUGCUGGCCCUGGGAAUGAUGCCUCUGUGCCUCUUAAUCUAUACCAAAAUGUGGGUCGACUCUGGGACGAUCAUAAUUCCCUAUGAUAACAUAGGUACAUCUUUGGUCGCUCUUGUUGUUCCUGUUUCUAUUGGAAUGUUGGUUAAUCACAAAUGGCCCCAGAAAGCCAAGAGGAUACUUAAGGUUGGGUCCAUCACAGGUGCGAUCCUUAUCGUGCUCACGGCUGUGGUUGGAGGAAUACUGUACCAAAGUGCCUGGGUCAUCGCUCCCAAACUGUGGAUUGUAGGAACAAUAUUUCCUGUAGCCGGUUACUCUCUAGGGUUUUUGCUGGCUAGAAUAGCUGGUCAGCCCUGGCACAGGUGCCGAACAAUUGCCCUGGAAACAGGGAUGCAGAACACUCAGCUGUGUUCCACUGUGGUCCAGCUCUCCUUCACCCAGGAGCAGCUGAAUCACGUGUUUACCUUCCCACUCAUCUACAGCAUUUUCCAGCUCAUCUUUGCAGCAAUAUUCUUAGGAAUUUAUUUGAUAUAUAAGAAAUAUCAUGGAAAAAACAAUGAGGAAUUUCCAGAGAGCAAAGACAACAAAACAGUCCCCGAGUCAUCGCUCUAUAAGGUGAAUGAAGGAUUUCAACCACAAGAAAAGUAGACACCAAGUAGACAAAAAAGAAGAAUUCUAAAGACCGUGCUUCAGCUAUAACAAUAUUUAAUUAUUUGUUUUGAUGGGAUAUUUGGCAGGAAAAAGUUAAAGCAAAAACUUAAAUUCCAGUUGAAUCCAUAUAUUGGUUUUGGUACCAAGCGACUGACAGUCCAAAUCUUUAAUGUAGCAAAUAUUUAUAUGUAUAUAAAUAUUUCUGUGUCUUUGAAAUAUCCCCCCCAAAAUAUCCUCAGAUCUCAGACUGAACCUGACAUAGAUAACACUGAGAGCCUCGUAUUCCUGAACUGAAUUCUUACCCAGAAUCUCAUAACCCAGAGAUGAGCACCUGACUUUUUUAUAUUAAAAUAGCUCCACUGAAUUAUUAUAAAGUGAUCAAAAUUUUCUCCAGUAUUUAUAAUUGUAAAAAGAUUGAAAUGAACAUCUUCCAUUAACAUAUUAAUUAAUGUUGCAACCUAUUUGUGUAACUCUGUAGUGUAACAUGGGCAAAUAUCUGACUUCUUGUAUUUAAAAAUACUAGCCUUCUCUAAAUGAUAACCCAAAAGCAAAAAUAAGAGAAAAGAGUUUCUAAAUAGAAUUCAAUAACCAAAUUAAUAAUUUUCUACAUUGGUUUCUCUGUCUCAGGAGUCCAAUGACACCCACUAGACUUUUUAGGAAAUGGCUUGUAUUUAGCAAAGCAUUCUUUAAGCCCUGGAGAGGAACUUCCUCAAGGUUUGCCUGAAUGAGGCAGGUGCAUGUUGGCUAAUAUGACAGCUAUUCAGUUUAUAUGGAGCCCCAGAGUAGGCAUCAUUGCCUGGGGAGUUGUCAAGAGGUACAAAGACAGUAGAAGUAUUGGAAGAAACACCACUACUCUAGUGGAUGAAUUCGAUUCAAUGGGAGAUAAUGGGAAUUACAUGAAAAGGCACAAAUAACAGAAUCCCACUUGAAAUGCAUGACUAGCUCCAAGUAGAUGUGCAGAAGUAAGAAGCGAUAAGAAAAAUGAAGUCAGGGAGCUAUAGAGGAAGUGAGUAUUGAACAGUAUUUGAGAAAGAAGAGCACACACCCAGGGCCCAGAAGUAGAAAGGGCAUUGCCAUGUAAGCUCCUUGAAUGCUAUAAGCAGGUGUAACAAGAGGAAGCAAGAAGGAUUUGAUCAAUGACAACAGGGUUUUAUGGCAAGAGGGAACUGGCUGAGUGUUGGGUUCUCGAUUUUAAUGUCUAGUUUAAUUUCCUUUCCCACAUUCUGCAGCAAGAUGCAGGCACAUUCUUAACUCAUUUCAUAGUGAUUUAGUUCCAUUUUUCCGUUUGGACAUUUUUGCUGCCUCAUAGACUCCCUUUCAAAUGUUUUGGCUCCUAAAGGGCCUUUUGCGUUUGAAUAAUGUGAGUUAGAUCCUGCUGGUGCACCUCAGCAUUACAGGAACAUGAACAUCAGCUCUUUCAAUAGAGGGAUGAGGGAUUCUGCUUUUCAAUGUUGUAAUAUUUAUACCUUUUUAUAAAAGAUUCACAUUUACAAUUGAAUAAGGAUCUUAUAUUUUUCUAUCAUUAGACAAGUACAUUAAAAGGGACUAGGGACUUUUAUUAAAGGAUAGUAGGUGAGAGGUGGUACAGAUUUUCUUAUUAGGGAGUGUCAAAGAAUAUGCUUUCCAACAGUGCAAAAGGGAGACUUUCAGUCUGUCUGUAAAGUACCUCUUAUACUUUCAUCAAAUAGACAACAGGCAGCUGCACUAGAGACACACUGUGAAUUCAUAUCAUAAUUUCAACGUACCCGAAUUCAAGGGCCUGGAUGCCAGCAGUUGCAGCAAGCAGGUUUUUCCUCCCUGUUGAUAAAGAUAUGAGACUGAGACAGAACUUGGCUUUCUUACAUAAUGUGGUAUCUUGUAAGUUGUGGAUUUUUUCCUACUGUGCUAGAGGGAAGAAAAUUAGCUGUUUUUAAGUUGACAGCUCUCUAUUUUUAAAUGACUUUGAAAAGACAAAUAAAUUAUGUAUUUUAUUGCUUC